AUGGCUUAUGGUGCUAUUGGUUGUCUUGAGCUGACAAUUGGCCGCCUUUUAAAUUCUUCACAUAUUUCGAUUGUUCAAAAUUCAUCCCCACAAAUCAUCAAACUUCUGUACGAUGAGAUUAUUUCCUUAAAAGAAGCUCUGGCAGAAGUCAAUGAAAAGAGGAGCACCAUUAACAUUAAGAUGGUGAAAACUUUGGAGGCGGAAAUUGUAGAUGCAGUAUACAAAUUCGAAGAUGUAAUCGACCCUCAUCUCUUAAAUCAGUUCCAUUCACUACAAUCUGACGAAGAGACCGAUCAUCCUCCAUUAAUGGUGUUUUCAGUAGAUGUGCAGGAAAUAAAGCAAGAUGUCGAUUCCUUUAUCGAAACGAUGAACAAGAUGAAGAGGGCCUACAUUCAUGAGUUACACAAUCCCUCACCUGAAGAAGAACAAGAUGAUGAUGAGUUUGUGCCGUCAAGAACUUAUUUUUAUGGAAAUAAUGAGUCUAACAUGGUUGGAUUAUCUGAUCUUUUUAUGAAAAUAAAAAAUCGGCUUUAUUCGUCACAAUCUGAAAGGUUGAUCGUCUCGCUCGAUGGAAUGGCGGGCAUUGGUAAGACUACUCUUGCCAAGAAACUCUUUCGAGAUCCAUUCAUUGUGAGUCGUUAUAGCAGGCUCGUGUUCGUGACCAUAGGCCCUAAAUAUCGACUAGCGGAUAUCUUGGUGGAGGUUCUAACACAAGUGAAUCCCGACAUUGAUGAAAUAAUGCUUAUGAAAGGAGAAAAAGUAUUAGCUGGACUGAAAAGGAUGGUUCACAAAAGUUUAAAGUAUUUGAGUCACUUGAUCGUGUUGGAUGAUGUGUGGGAAAAGGAGAUAUGUUAUGAACUCAUGAAGGUAUUUCCGGACGACAAAAAUGGAAGUCGGGUAUUACUGACAACUAGGCUAAAUGAAGUAGCUGAAUGCGCCCACCCUUUGAGUACUUACAGAGUACCCUUCCUAGAUAAGAAAGAAAGUUGGGAACUUCUUCGUCACAAGGUGUUUGAUGCAAUGCCUUGCCCUCAUGAACUCGAGAAACCCGGAAAGAAGAUUGCAGAGAACUGUGAAGGUCUUCCACUUACAAUAGUUACGGUUGCCAACAUCCUUUCCAAAGCUGACAAGACGCUAGCGUUCUGGAACACAGUAGCUGACGAGAAACAAAAUUGGGUUUACAGGGAUGCGUACGAUCAAAUGUCAAAGGUACUAUAUCCAAGCUACGACUACUUAGAUCAACAUUUAAAAGCAUGCUUUCUCUACUUAGGAGCUUUCGCACAAAAUAAUUGGGUAUAUGGAUCCCAACUGAGCAACGUGUGGAGUGCUGAAGGAUUUCUUAACUCAAAAUCAAUGCAUUACUCGGAAACGGCCAUGACUUCCACAAAUCGUACCCAUGCUUAUUUGUAUGAGCUUUAUUCCAAUAAUGUUAUCAUGUACAAGAUAGAAGUAUUCUGUUAUCGACUUCAUUCAUCCUUUUGGCAUUUGUGUAACAUAGAAGCUGACAAGAACAAGUUGUUCUAUGCCUUAAACUAUCGUUCCGAUGCUUUACUAGAAGAAGGUAUAGAAAGCAAGCGCAGAUUGUGCAUACGAAAUAAUGUUCUACUCGCCAUCGAAGAUGUGCACAGCGCUAUUGCAUCUGCUUCAACGGUGCGCUCUCUCCUUUGUACAGGUUAUUUCCAUGAAUAUCCAGUGCCCUUGUGUUUGGAACAUUUAAGGUUGCUCAGGGUGUUGCACGCUCUUUCUGUUAGAUUCUACGAGUUCCCAAUGGAAGUGGUGAAACUAGUCCAACUAAGAUGCCUUGCCCUCGUUUAUGAUAGAAACCUCCCUCCUUCCAUUUUCAAACUCUUGAACCUUCAGCACUUGAUUAUUCAUCGACAUCUAAGAAUCAUACAAUCUGUUGGGAAUUUGUCGUAUCUUCCUGUUGAAAUAUGGAAUAUGAAAGAAUUGAAGGAUCUUCAGAUCAAGGGAAGAGACCUACCGCAUCCUUGUCGUGACGGGUCUCUCCUACCAAACCUCUUAAAACUAGGCGGUGUCGGCCCUCAAAGUUGUACCAAAGACGUGCUUGAAAAAAUCCCUAAUCUGAAGGUGUUAUUAAUUAAUAUCGAACUGGCUCCCGAUUCUACACAUCCCUUGAGCUGCUUCGAUCACAUUUCCCAUCUCCAUGAACUAGAAGUACUAGAAUGCGACGUUGUGAAUCCUAUAUUGAACACAGAGGUUGUUACCCCAAUUGCUCCUCUUUCUAACUUCCCAUCGAGUCUUACAAUGUUAGGUUUGACCGGCUUAGGAUAUCCGUGGGAGGAAAUGAGAAAGAUUUCUUCGUUGCCGAAUCUUAGACAUCUGGUAUUGAAAUGCUACGCCUUUCGAGGCCCAAAGUGGGAGGUUCGUGACAACGAAUUCCCAAAGCUUUUAAACCUUCAAAUUGAAGACACUGAUCUGGAACAAUGGACGUUUCAAAACGACGAAUGCAUCCCUGCUAUUAAGCUUCUUCGCAUCGUACAUUGCUACAAGUUAAAAGAGAUUCCUCUCACAUUCGGUACGUCUCUUCAAAUUAUUAAUGUAGUCGACUGCAGCCCUAUGGCUGUGAAUUGUGCGAACAAGUUAAAACACGAUCGGGACGACAAAUAUGUUGAAGAUAAACAUUCAUUGGAUCUUUUUGUCCGUUCUUCAUGGGAUGAUCGGAACAUCAAGUCGUGA